AUGGCCAAUUCCCCGUCCCACAGGUCUAGCCGGAGCCCAGCCUCGUCCACCUCGGCCGGCCGAGACUCCACGUCCCUUUCACAUUCCAGAGACCGCCGUGAUGCACCCUCCACGUCAGCCUCCGCCGCUGCCGACCAUGUGCCGGUUGAGACAUUGGUGGAACACCUGCUCGCCGCCAAACGCUCGCUCUCGUCCAUGACGGCCGUCUUGCGAGCAAACGAAAUCGCGACCGAUGCACGCCAGGCCCAUGAGGAGGCAGUUAUCUUGUAUGCCGAAACCCAGUUUCUGCGACGUGCCAUCUCUGAGCAGCUGGCGCUGUUGAUGAAGGUUCGCCGUGGUCUCAAGAGAACCUACGAUGCCGGCAAGCGCGACUUCAAGCACCUGGUCAAGACCAUGGAUGCAACCAAUGAGAAGCUGCAGGAGACUAUGGCCAUGCUCAAGAAUACAACUGUGGAAGCUGUCUUCAGACCGCCGGGCGAAGAGCGCCGCAAUCUGAUGGACUUUGUGGACGAAAAGAGCGUCCACGUCAUGGUCGAGGCUCUGAAGCAGAGCCUCGGCGAGCUGCAGGCUAUCCAAACAUCCUUUGAUGGCGAUCUCCUUCGCUUCGACGAUGACCUGCGAGCACUAAAGAAAACGAUGACGACGACACCCCUGCCUCGAAUGCCCUCCGACUCGUCACAAUACGACCCGAUACCCGAGCUUCUCGGUUCUCUCGUAGACAGUUCACAUGACAUGGCCCAACUGCUCACGUCCUUGACUAAACACUUUGACUUGUGCGUCACAGCGGUGCGGACGACAGAGGGCGGCGCGGCUCUUGCUCGUCGUAGGGCGGCGGAGGUGACGCAGUCACAAGGCGGCGAUGGUGUAUCGUUGUCUGGCGUAAUCGCUGACCAAGAGUCGCAAAUGCCCGACCUCGAACCGAUAACGAUGAAAGACCGGGCGGACAUGCUGAAUGUUGUGGUUAGCGAUGCAUCAGAGGUCGAGAGUGUCAUCCAGGAAAUCAACAAGACACUCCAGACCAUGGAAGAGGAAUUUUCAGCCAUGACUGGACAAACAGGACAGAUUAAAUUGGCGUUCCUCGGCACCCUGCAAGGGUUCACUGCGCUGGAAGAGAUGGGCGCUCGUAUGGCCAGCUACAUUGCGAGCGAGGCCGAGUUCCUCCAGCGGUGGGAGGAUGAGACAUACACCAUCUACAACAAGCUUGGCGAAAUGGACGACCUUCGAGACUUUUACGAAAAGUACGCGGGCGCUUAUGAUAACCUGAUCCUGGAGGUCGAGCGGCGCCGCAUGGUAGAGGACAAGAUUACAAACAUAUGGAAGAAGGCGAUGGAUAGCGUUGACAAACUCGUCGAAAAUGAUCGACGGGAGCGCGAAGGAUUCCGCCAGGAUAUUGGCGAGUUCAUCCCCACGGAUCUAUGGCCGGGCAUGGACGGCGGAAUGAAGAGGUGGGAACUCGUCGCGGUUGACGACGGCAACGCCGAGGACGACAUGUCGGGCGGGCAGCGAAGCACGCCGGCACUGGACCGAAGCGUCGUGGACGCUGCUCGAGGCCGAUUGGAGAGGAGCCAGCAGCGGUAG